AUGGCGGCUUUCGAUGACAUGAAGUAUUAUUCUGCCAACUGGGGAAUGGAGGAGCCGAUGAGUUGGGGCAACAAGUCUGGAUGUGAUUUUAUUCAAAAGGGUUGCCUCACAGAAAACGGCGUCUCGAAUUAUCCCAAUGCAUUCUGUACUGGAGAAGAAAAGAUACGGUGUUCAACUGAUCAUUUUGGAUUUGCGUUUUGCGCCAAUGAGAGUGACAUUGGUAGAGAAAAUGCUGAUUCAACAGGAUCUUGUCCCGUUCUUGUUUCACCUCUUUCUGUUCGUAGCGAUGGAUCUCUUCGUUCUCGUGCCUGUCCUGACCUUGGAGAUGCUGACUUUCCUGGAUUUUUGACGGGCGAGAACUCGAUGUGCUUGACUACAGAGGAUUAUGAGAUAGUGAAGAACGAUGAUGCCAUUAAACUGAGCGGAGUGUGUGCAGAGGUGUUGUGUGAUGAAAGCAAUCGUAAAGUGAAGGUGAGGUACAGUGACUUAUCGGAAUUCCAAGAAUGUCCUGAAGGAGGUACAAUCACAGUAAGCUCUUCUUCUGCUUCAUUGAAUUUCACCACAAUCCACUGUCCCAAUUACACUGAAGUGUGCACCAUUGCCCCCAACGGCAGCAGUCUUCUUCCACUUGUCAAACCACCUGAUCCGACACCCCCUGGUGGUGGUGGUGGUCAUGGUGAUGGUUGUGCCACUGCUGCCCCCAUCGCUUUGUCAGCUAUUGCCCUCAUGGUUAUCACGCUAAUGCUAUUACCGUAA